GGCCAAUCAUGCCUCCAUGAUUGAUUUCAUUGUCUUAGAACAGAUGAUUGCAUUGCUGUUAUUAUGCAGAAGCAUCCUGGAUGGUUUGCAAUGUUGCCUAUCUUGGGUGUUGUUCUGACAAAGUGACAAGCCUGCCAUGUUGGGACUGGGACUGGAAGAGAACCAUGACUUGCAAGCUUUCUAAACAUGAGAAACACAUUGGACAUCCGUACAGUGGCCAAUCGUUACGCCGCACAACUGCAACUAUGUUGCUCCCAAAGAUCAACCUCUUACUGCAUAGCUCAAACCAUCCAUGCCCAUAUGAUAGCUUCUGGGUUCAAGCCACGUGGCCACAUCCUCAACCGUCUGAUGGAUAUCUAUUGCAAAUCAUCCAAUAUUGCCUAUGCUCUCCACCUGUUCAACAAAAUUCCUGAACCAGAUAUAGUGGCAAGAACGACGUUGAUUGCUGCAUACUCUACUGCAGGGAAUCUAAAGUUGUCUCAGGAAGUAUUUGGUGGAACCCCACUCAGUACGCGAGACACGGUUUUUUACAAUGCAAUGAUCACAGCUUAUUCCCAUAACAAUGAUGGCCAUGCUGCUAUUGAACUCUUUCGUGACAUGAGGCGAGACGACUUUAGGCCUGACAAUUACACUUUCACUAGUGUACUUGGUGCCUUGGCACUAAUAGUUGAGGAUGAAAAGUAUUGCCAACAGAUGCAUUGUGCAGUGCUAAAGUCGGGAACAGUUUUUGUUACUUCAGUGUUGAAUGCGCUUAUAUCCGCUUAUGUUAAGUGCGCAUCUUCACCAUUAGCAUCAUCGUCUUUAAUGAUGGGUGCAGCUAAAAAGUUGUUUGAUGAGAUGCCAAAUAAGGAUGAGUUAACAUGGACAACAAUGAUUACGGGGUAUGUGAGGAACAACAAUCUUGAUGCAGCCCGUGAAAUUCUUGAUGGGGUGACUGAAAAUAUCGGGGUUGCAUGGAAUGCAAUGAUUUCAGGUUAUGUGCACCAUGGUUUUAUUCAUGAAGCAUUAGAAAUGUUUAGGAGGAUGCAUUUGAAGGGGAUUCAGCAUGAUGGGUUUACCUACACGAGUGUAAUCAGUGCUUGCGCUUAUGCUGGAUUGUUCAAACAUGGAAAGCAAAUGCAUGCUUUCAUUUUGAAAACAGAAGAGAAACAUGAACCAGAAUUUUCGUUGUCUGUGAAUAAUGCAUUGGUUUCACUAUACGGGAAAUGUGGUAAAGUUGAAGAGGCAAGGGAGAUUUUUAAUAAGAUGCUCAUAAGAGAUCUUAUUUCAUGGAAUGCAAUCUUGUCUGCAUAUGUUAAUUUAGGGCGCAUUGUGGAAGCUAAGUCCUUUUUUAAGGAGAUGCCUGAGAGGAACCUUCUGUCAUGGACAGUGAUGAUAUCUGGUUUAGCACAAAAUGGGUUUGGAGAGGAAGGUUUGAAGCUGUUCAACCAAAUGAGAAUAGAGGGUUUUGAGCCAUGUGAUUAUGCAUUUGCAGGAGCAAUUACAUCUUGUGCAAUGCUUGGAGCUUUGGAGCAUGGACGUCAGCUCCAUGCUCAACUAGUUAAGUUGGGGCAUGAUUCAAGCCUCUCAGCUGGAAAUGCACUUAUCACAAUGUAUGCUAGAUGUGGCAUUGUUGAGGCUGCAAAUUGUGUGUUCCUUACAAUGCCUUGUUUAGAUUCGGUAUCUUGGAAUGCCAUGAUUGCAGCUUUAGGACAACAUGGACAUGGUCUCCAAGCAAUAGAACUUUUUGAACAGAUGUUGAAGGAAGAUAUAGUACCUGAUCGAAUAACUUUUCUCACUAUUCUCUCUGCUUGCAGCCAUGCUGGUUUAGUCAAAGAAGGACAUUGUUAUUUCAAUUCAAUGCGUGGUUGUUACAAUAUAACACCGGGUGAAGAUCAUUAUGCUCGAUUGAUUGACUUGUUGGUUCGAGCUGGGAAGUUUUCAGAAGCAAAUGAUGUGAUUGAAUCAAUGCCUUUUGAGCCAGGUGCACCAAUUUGGGAGGCUCUUCUUUCUGGUUGCCGAAUUCAUGGGAACAUGGAUUUAGGGAUUCAAGCUGCUGAACGACUCUUUGAACUAAUGCCACAACAUGAUGGGACCUAUGUACUUUUGUCAAACAUGUAUGCCACUGCAGGCAGGCAGAAUGAUGUGGCUAAGGUACGGAAAUUAAUGAGGGAUCGGGGUAUUAAGAAAGAGCCUGGUUGUAGUUGGAUUGAGGUUGAAAGCAAGGUUCAUGUGUUCCUGGUUAAUGAUACUGUGCACCCAGAGGUGCAAGCUGUGUAUAAUUAUCUAGAGCAAUUGGUACUUGAAAUGAGAAAGCUUGGUUAUGUCCCUGACACAAAGUUUGUGCUGCAUGAUAUGGAGGAAGCACAAAAGGAGUCUGUCUUGUAUACUCAUAGUGAGAAGCUUGCAGUUGUUUUUGGGCUUAUGAAGCUUCCUCUAGGAGCCACAAUUAGGGUUUUCAAGAACCUUAGGAUUUGUGGGGAUUGCCAUAAUGCAUUCAAGUUCAUGUCAAAAGUAGUAGGGAGAGAGAUAGUUGUAAGAGAUGGGAAGAGGUUUCAUCAUUUUAGAAAUGGUGAAUGUUCUUGUGGCAAUUACUGGUAGCUGGAUAUUUUGUCAGCCAAUUAUCUUUGCGAAGUUACAAUCAAAGAGAGAAUGCCCUAUUCCUCUUGUUCUUUUUGAUAGCCCCAAGGUGGUAAUUUAUAAAAUGGUCAUUCUUGCCAA